UCGCGUAUAUUACACCAACUGAACCACAUGUGAUCAUGUGUGAUCGGCCAGUCAACAAAUAACCGUCUAGUAGCAUAGACACUCAUGCGAUAUUGUAUCGAUUAAAUUUUUCUUUUUUCCUUUGAAUUUAAAUUUUCCGAUGAUUUCUAUUGAUCCAUUGAGUAUAAACGUAGUAGACCCGAGCUUCACAUAUUGAAAGAAUAAUUACAACGAAAUUGUUUAAAAACAAUAAAUUAUCAAAACAUUGAAAUCAGAGAAACGAAAAAUUGAGUGCUAUCUGUGUGUAUGUGACUAGUGUAGUUAUUUAUCUUAUCCUUAUCUAAAUAAAAAUUAAACGUUCGAAAUUUUUAGCAUGUCAGUCAUUUGUGAGUGAAGAUAUUUUAAAAAUUGCUGAAGCAAAUCCAGAAAGACAUUAUUCGAACGACUCAACAAAACAAAAUAUUUUUGUAUUGUUAUGAGUUUUUCAGUCGGUUGUUGGUUGUGAAAUGCACCAGUCAGUGUUGUAGUUAUAAUAGACAGACAGUUAAUAUACACAAAUUUCGUCACGGACUUUGAAUUUUAGAAUCAGCAUAAUGCUGAAAGGUGCUUGUGAUUGUUAAUUAUCAAAGCGAAAUUUUUCACACUAUGGUAUCAUUCUCGGGAAUUUAUGGACACAGUACACGAAAAUGGAACUUUCCAAACGAAUAAAAUUUUUACAAAUAUUGGUUUAUGUUUACAUCGUAAUACUGAGCCUGAUUGGAUUGUGCCAGAUAUUGAUCGGAGGAGCGCUACUAUGGCAUCAUUCCGACUUCAACGAUAUUGCGAAGAAUAACUUUUGGGGACCAUACGCCAUAAUUCUAUUCUUGGGAAUUGUGGCACAACUCAUGUGCUGGUUCGGCUGGCACUCGACAACAAAGAAAAAAAGAUGUUAUCUGAUAUUGUUUAACGUACUCUUAAUUGGAAUAAUCGCUAUGCAGGGGUUUACAUGCAUUUGGUCAUUCAAGCUCCGCAGUACAUUGGUACCGCUGUCCGAAUUCGAACUUAAGAUUAGUAAGUCAUUUGAGAGUUUUGCUGCAUUACAUCCGAGAACCGUAGAGGCACAUGAAAAUAAAUGGAAUCGAAUUCAGGAACAGUUGCAGUGUUGCGGAGUAGAUGGCAGAUCCGACUAUAGACUAAUUUCUGGGUCGAUUCCUUACUCUUGUUGUGCUGUUUCCAAUGACCCUAUGAAGAACGAUUGUGCCAAUAUGUAUCAACGAGGUUGCUUCGGUAUCGUAGUCGAUACAGUGAAGAAAAUGCUAAUAUAUGCAGCAUUGACUGCAUUCCUUGCUGCCACAGUGCAAUUUAUCGGACUGUUUUGUUCGAUUCAAUUAAUUUUAACAUUGAAACAUAGUGAAAUCGAUGACGAAGUGGAUACAUCUUCCAUGUCAUUCCGCCAAAAAUUGGAGAGAGAACUGAAGCCGCUGUCGGCUAGAACAAGAGCUCAACGAAAGAUGAAAAUUGAAGAAUCGAUACCAGAGGCUAUUCAAAGCAUUUAAGUUUUUGUAUAUAAAUCAUUAAAAACUGCCAUUAUUUAGUUUGUAAAUGA